AUGUUCGACGGCGUCAGCGUGGAGGCGGUCCGGCCCCAGCCCGACGGCACCCUCGGUCUAACCGUCUCCUACGCCGAGGCCCUCUGGGCCCCGGCGAAGCGGUUCAGCUGCGUCAACAUGGGCGGCCUCUUGCCGGCGCAGGCCGACGAGGUCGAGGACGACGACAUGACGGAGAGGGAGAAGAUCGCGCUCCGGCGGAGGCAUGAGAGGGCGUAUCAGCAGCGCCUCGGGCGGGCCAAGGCGUGCAUCCUGCCGGAGCCCGUGCGCGGAGAGGUGGUGGAGAUGGUGAGGAAGCAGGGACGGGUGAGCGCCAGGCUGCUGCAGAGGAUCAGGGACUGCGUCCAGAGGUGGUACUACGACGAGGGGUUCGUGUGCGCUCAGGUGAUCAACUUCGGGAAUCUCGACGCCGGCGAGGUUUUGUGCGAGGUCGUCGAGGGGGAGGUAACGGGGGUGGAGUACCAGUUCCAAGACAAGCUCGGCAAUGUCGUCGAGGGGAACACCCAGCUCCCUGUAAUUGACAGGGAGCUGCCCCGGCAGCUUCGACCAGGCAAUAUCUUUAAUAUUGGGGCAGGGAAACAGGCUCUGAAGAACAUAAAUGCGCUCGGAUUAUUCUCUAACAUAGAGGUGAAUCCACGACCUGAUGAGACAAAAGAAGGGGGCGUAGUGGUUGAAAUCAAGCUCAAAGAACAAGAUCCCAAAUCAGCCGAUGUGGAGACAAUGUGGAACUUUGUACCAGGGGAUCAGGGACGACCAACUCUUGCAUCCAUUCAACCUGGAGGAGGUGUGACAUUUGAGCACCGCAACAUCGGUGGCCUGAACCGAUCUCUCGCUGGUUCUUUCUCAUCGAGCAACCUGCUCAAUCCUCAGGAUGAUGUUUCAUUCAAGCUUGAGUACACACAUCCUUACUUGGACGGUGUGGAGGACCGGAGCAGGAACCGCAUCUUCAAAGCCAGUUGUUUCAACACCAAGAAACUCAGCCCUGUCUUUGUCGCCGGCCCCAACAUGGACGAUGCUCCACCCAUCUGGGUCGACAGAGUUGGAAUCAAAGCGAACAUAACAGAGAACCUCACAAAGCAGAGCAAGUUCACCUAUGGCCUCGUGCUGGAGGAGAUCACGGCGCGUGACGAGAGCAAUGAUGUGUGCACACACGGGCUCCGGACGACGGCCCCCGGUGCCCUUGGCAUGGAUGGCCCCCCCACGACGUUCAGCGGCACCGGUGUGGACAGGAUGGCGUUUCUUCAGGCCAAUGUUACCCGGGAUAAUACGGAGUUCAUCAAUGGCGAGACCAUCGGCGACAGAUGCAUCUUCCAGGUGGACCAGGGCCUGGGCAUCGGGAGCAGGAACCCGUUCUUCAACCGCCAUCAGCUGACGGUCACAAAGUUCGUGAACCUAAACAAGCAGGAGAAGGGAGCCGGGAAGCCGCCGCCGGCCGUUCUUGUCGCCCAUGGCCGCUACGCAGGGUGUGUGGGAGACCUGCCGAGCUACGACGCGUUCGCGCUCGGAGGGCCUCACUCGGUCAGGGGCUACGGCAUGGGCGAACUCGGAGCCUGUAGGAACCUUCUCGAGGUCGCGACGGAGGUGCGCAUCCCUGUCCCAGUGAUGAAGAACACGCACGUGUACGCUUUUGCCGAGCAUGGCACGGACCUCGGGAGCUCCAAGGACGUCAAGGGGAACCCUACCGAGUUCUUCUGGCGCGCCGGCCAGGGAUCGUCGUACGGCGUGGGCGUCCGGUUUGGCCCGCUCAGGGCGGAGUACGCCGUCGACCACAACGCCGGCACGGGAUCCGUCUUCUUCAGAUACGGCGACAGGUUCUAG